GCUGGCUCUGAGCACGGUCCUGGGGCCAGACGAAUUGCUCUACAGAUCAAGCAUUUUGCCUUCUCUUUCCUAUGAUGGCCAGAGUUUCCCAUGCUAAGAGAGAUUGUCAAAGAAGACCUCAAAGUCUGGAGAAAAAUGACCUUUCAAGGAAUACAAAGUACACCUCCUGCUACUUGUUUUUGUCUUACUGACCUCUGAUAACUGGGACACAUGGCCCUGGGCCUACAGAAAGUCAACUGACUAUCAAACUUCUCACCAUGCAUCACCUGUUCAGACUGGUCUUGGGGCAAAAAGAUCUUUCAAGAGCUGGGGACCUCUUCUCCUUAGAUGACUCUGAGAUUGAAGACAGCCUGACAGAAGCUUUGGAGCAAAUUAAAAUAAUUAGCUCAUCUUCAGAUUACCCAACCAAUAACAAUGACCAGGCAGUGGUUGAAAUCUGCAUCACAAGAAUCACCACAGCCAUCAGAGAGACAGAGUCCAUUGAAAAGCACGCGAAGGCCCUUGUGGGGCUCUGGGACUCCUGCUUGGAGCACAACCUGAGACCCUCCGGGAAAGACGAAGACACUCCCCACGCAAAAAUCGCCUCUGAUAUCAUGAGCUGCAUUUUACAGAAUUACAACCGGCCCCCUGUGAUGGCAUUAGCCAUCCCCAUUGCAGUGAAAUUCCUCCACAGAGGCAACAAGGAACUGUGCAGGAAUAUGUCCAACUACCUGUCCCUGGCUGCAAUCACCAAGGCAGACCUCCUGGCUGACCACACAGAGGUCAUAGUAAAGAGCAUACUCCAAGAUAUCUUGGCCUGCAUCAUCUUGGGUCUCUUGAAUAGACAUAAUUCAUGCUGAAAUGUGGAAAAGAAUUGAAAGCAUUCCUAACUCUCUGCUUGAGGCUGGGUCCAAUAUUUCUUCUUCCAGAUAAGCAUUCAACUCAUAUAGACGGUAGCUAAACAGGGGUUUACAUAUGACCACUGUGCCUGCAACCUCGAAUUAUGUCAUCUCCAAGGGUCUAAGACUGGCCUAUGACCUCGUAACUGCAAUUUUCUUUGAGAGCCAUCAGCCUGGUUUUGUGAGUCCCACAGGCAGGAUGAAGCUAUACUGAUACCAUAAUCAUCCUCCAAGAUUUCUAGAUUCGUGGAACUUUAUUGCUAAAGGUAUUAAGAGUCCAACUCCCUCCUUUUACUGAGAAGACCCAGAGGAGUUAAGUAACUUGUCCAAGGACACCAAGCUAUUUAGUUACAGAAUGUACUUCGAUAAUUACCCUUGGCCCAAUUCUUCAAAUGUCAUGAACAGGAUAUGACCUGUGGUUGCUCAGUCCCUAUCUUUAGGUGGACAUAUCAUCACUGUGGUUCUACCAAAUUUCCCCUUGACAUUCAGAAGUAGCUUUGUGAUGUUCUGUCAGCCCUGCAUCACCUCUAUAGGAGGAGGACAUUAGUGUGGUAGCGAGUUACCUCCCCAUCUGCAGGGUGAAGGGGCUCGACUGUCCCCUCCUUCAUGGGUAGUAAGAGAAUGUGAUGUGUGUUCAGGGCAAGAGUCGUUGUUUCUUUUCAAGAUUUUUAGAUCUUACAAAUAACAGCCCUAAGCCACCUCUUCCAGGUGUCAUGUGUAUCUGGGGAACUCUGAUAAUUCAUUUUUUUCCCCAUGUUACACAGGACAGAAAGAUGUAUGCGCUCAUAGAAUCAUCAAAUUGGAAGGGACCUAGAGAUCACUGUUUCUCAAUUUCUUGAUUUCUUAGUUGCAAAAACUAAACCCAGAAAGAUGAAUUGCCUUAUCCAAGAGCAUAUUUCUUCCUUAUGAUUUAUUGAAAGGCAAAGCUUAAAACGCCAUAGUUUGUUUCUAAUAAUAUUAACUUACUAUUUACAU